ACUCGGGUGGCCUUACCUGGCUCGGUUAUUAGCGAGCGAGAGACAGAUCGUGGCAACGGCUCAACGCGAUCUGACCUCGUCACACCCGGGCCAGAGAUAAGAGGCCCAGAAUCCAAUCACUGCCGGGUAUCGUAUCUCUACCCGCAAAGCAAGGGAAGGUGUGUUGCCAAAAGCGAGUGCAGUUCGAAUAUUUCGUAUCGACUGGCUUCAUGGUGUCGAGGGGUCAGCAGGAACACCCACGAUUUUUGCAGAGUUUUCUUCAGUUUGUUGUGGAAAUCUCUGGUGUGUAUGGAACACCUCUGAUGUCACUCACUUUCACAACUGCCACCCGUAUUUAAAACGUUUCCUUUUCUCUAGAAAAGAGACUUGAUUGUGUUGAGGACAGCGGCUGGAGACAUGUUUCCGGUCAGUUGUUUAUGAGAAAACAUGUAGUUUAAAUUUAGGAACUUCGUCACACUGCUGAUAAGAUUCCCAUCCGUCAUGUCCGGGUAGGCUGUUGUUAUUUGUGUUGCCUAGGAAACCUCAGGCAAGCAGACGACUGUUUGUCGUGCGCCUUCAUAAUAACAUCGAACAUAACAGCAGCAGGUGUGUCAUGUUACUCCAUCGCCGGAUCGAACAGAAAUAAUGAGCACCGCUGACAUUCACGACAGUUCGGAUGCUGGUGGCACAGCUUACAUCAACAACAGCAACGGAGGUACCCCGAAUAACACAUCAAACAUCACAGCUCCAAAGAAAGAUGCUCACAAGGAUGGCCCACGGAAUCCCCCGAGAAGAAGCAAGAAGUUGGCUGUGGGUAUUACCGUUGGUGUGUUUAGUGCGGGUGUCGUCGCUGUUGUUGUCGCCGUCACCUUAACAAGAAAAGGCAGCGACACUUGUGACCUCACUCCAUCUCACAAGAAGGGGAAUUUCCAAGAAUCAGACUUUCUUGCCUCGGUUUCAUUCCAACUGUCCUUGUCACCUGAUCUGAACAUAACUGACAGCAAGACAUACAACGAAACACUGAUUGGUUUGUGGGACUGGGUGAGUGUGGUCUUUGACCAAAGUUCAAUGUCCUCCUGCUUCAGCUUUCUAGGAACUCGACUGAUGAACAACGGAAGCGAGGCUGCAGUCUACCUGCAGGUAAACGGCACCUGCCACAACCUGUCGGAGAGUCAAGUGAUGGCAGUGUAUGAGGAAGGGCACAACAAUCUAAUCAAGAGACAUCCUCGAUGUACCGACAGAGUCUUCCCAACAAUUAAUGUUACAAAGAAUCCUCGCAUGUCGUCCGCCAUUCCGCCACCGGCAGACAUUCAGGACACAGUCUGUGGCCAGUCUCAGCUCUAUCGUGUACGCAGAAUCGUGGGAGGUGCUCCGACACACCGCGGACAGUACCCGUGGGUCAUCUUCCUGUUGAUUAACGGCCAACCCCAGUGUGGAGGCAGCAUCUGGGACUACGACAUCAUCCUGACUGCAGCUCACUGUGUCAACAAGUUACUCCGGGACAAGACUACCGGCGAGCUGGACACCACUCUACUCAAAAUCAUCGCCGGCAAGUGGGAGUUCAACCACAGCUUCACCCACUACGAGCAGGAAGUGCACGUGACCUCGGGCCGCAUCCACGCAAAUUACGAUCAAGUGUCGUUCCAUAACGACAUCGCCCUGUUGAAGUUAGCUCAACGUCUGAAGCCCACCGAGCUGGUGAUGAAGGUCUGUCGUCCUCUACCCACUGACCCGCUCCCACCCAAGGGGAUUGUUGCCGGGUGGGGAACAACAUCAGCGGACCCCACCAAGCCGGUCUACGCACAGCAACUACAGUUUGUAGAGCUCAAUCUCUACAACUACACGGACUGUAACAGCCAGUUCAGCACACUGUUCAGUGGCAGUCCCAAUUUAUCUUUUUAUCUGAACAACGGGACACUGUGUGCCACCAACGGUGUCAAUGGAGGAAAGGAUUCUUGUCAGGGCGAUUCAGGAGGACCACUUUUUCAAAAAGUGGGAACUACAGGAAGUGGGAACUACACCAUCUUCGGCAUCGUGUCUUUCGGUUACAAGUGUGGUCACCAAGGAGACCCUGGGGUUUACACUCUGGUCCAAUCUUACCUCGACUGGAUAAGCACCACGAUUCCCCUUCUGUGAUAUGUUGUCUUCUGUGUGGACACAUUGAGCAGACACGCAGGACAUACAGGUGUAGAGGAACGAUGAAAGUCUUGUUAUCAAGUUCAGAUACAAAACAUUAUUAUUAUACUCAUUUCUCAUAAAUUCUUUUAUGAUAAAUUGUUUCAUCAUCAUCAUCAUCAUCAUCAUCAUCAUCAUCAUCAUCAUCAUCAUCAUCAUCAUCAUCAUGUGUUCGUGAGACACAGGGUACAUAACACGCUGUUAGUGUGACACGUGUUGGUGAGACACAGGGGGCUUAACUCGCUAGUGUGACAUGUGUUCGUACACAGGGGGCUUAACUCGACUAGUGUGACAGUGUGAAGCUAUUACUGCUGGUCAGUACACAGUGGAUGUCAUGUCUCUACUUCACAUUAGUGUAAUCUCCUCUAUUGCUACAGGUGUUUGUAAAAUAAAGUUCUCGUUCUUAUACAAAUUAUUUCACGCCCGACUCAAGGAUGACAAAAUGUUUGUUGCGAUUUUAUUUCUAACCAUAAGACACUGGCAUCUAGCAUUAGAAUUUCUUUCAUCUAUUGUAUGAUCCGUUAUUACUUUUCAAUAUCUGAUUAAUUUUGUUACUUUCCUUUUUGAGUGAAGUAAUCUUCUUAUCCACCAUUUCAUCAUUUUUUUAUUUUAUAAUGUUUGUCCUUCAAUGCUGCCUAGGCUCCCCAAAAACAUCUUACACAAGUUAUCAGUUACUGAUAGUUGCGGUUCUUUAUUUCCUAUCGUUUUAAUUUUUUUAAAAUAGAUGCAGUAGAUUUUUGUAUAAUGUUAUCGAAGACCUAUACAUUUUAUUCAUUUACUUAUAUCCUUAAGGAGAGGACAAGAGUUUCGAAACUUAUUAAUCUAAGGUAUAGAGAGGAAGAGCGAUUAUUGAAUCAUCUGAUUACAUUCAAAUUUGAGUGAGACAAUUUAAUUUAGGAUAAUGAAAUAAUGAAUAAAAUCUCUGAGGAAGGAAGCCAUUGUGUGUAGAAUUGGCUCUUCUUCAUAUCUAAACUUUGUUUCAGCUCCAGAGAAGUUUUUGUUGUAUUGAGCUCUUUUGGAUUGUUUGCAUUUGUGAUAAUGUUUGUAAACAUCGAGAAUUAAAUUGCAGUGUCGCACUAUAAAAACUUUAUUACUUUAUGUGUCUUGAAUGAAGCAAUCUAUCUCAGCAUAACAAUAUAAUUACCAUUGCCAGGUAUCAGGCAAUCGCCCAAUGUUAUUGUUACCAUCACAUGGUUACCAGCCGCAUCUUCGAUACUUUCUUGAGAAAUGCAUUUUGAAGAGAUUGCUAAUACCUACAGAAAUGAAAAAUGAUAAAGUUGGAAGAAACUGAUGGAUUUACUGGAGACCUCUGUACAUUUUUCUGUCUCUUAUUCAAGCCUUUAGAGAUAAACUCUCCCCACUCUGAAGAAAGGCGGUGUACUGUGUAUGUCAAGGUAUA